AUGUCUACAAGUUCUACAUCAAAAACAGAUUUUGAGGAUUCACCUUAUAGAUAUUUAAACAUCCUCCGAAAUUUAUAUCCCGAUUUAUAUCAGCAUUUAAAUAGCGUUCCAGCUACAGAAUUAACGAGAAAAUUAGAAAUUGAACGUUUACGUACCAAUUAUAUGAACGACUAUUGUAUUUUACCAAGCUAUGGAGACCAUUUUUAUAGCAGCUUAAAACAAAAAGAUAAUAAGUUAAACCAGUACAAUAGUAACAAAGAAAAAAUAAAAAAUAUAAAAAACAUUGUUUAUCAACCCAGUUCAAAUUAUUCAAGAUCUGUGUCAGUGGAUGUAAGUGGAUGUGCUCUCAGAUGUAAAAAAUUUAUAAACGAAAUUAGGUGGUUUAACACUACAGAAUAUAGAAGUAACAUUUGUAAAACUGGUUGCAUAAUACGUAAAAGUUGUAUUCAUGAUCAUAGCAAAUUUGUUCCAGAUGCAAAAUUAGCUGAAGCUAUGCGUUAA